AUGGAUCCGACUACCAACAACACGAAUGACAUACAGCAUCUGGUAUAUGACAGAGAUGCUCCUUUCGUUACUCCUUCCACACCAACGCCACCGACACCGAUUCAGCCUAUUACCACGAUCGUGCCUGUACUAGAACAGACCGUGUACAACGAAGCCGACGAGACGGGGGGUUGCGAGAGGACACUCGACUACGUCCGAGUCCAGCUCAAGGCCUUGAGAUACCUAGCAUCCUACCCAUCAGAUGCGCUCACCGGGCGACAAGCAUGCAAGUGGACGCAAAUGAUCUCGCCAUCGGAUUUCGAGCCAACAGCGCAAGAGGCACUGCGUCUAUGCUACUACCUGCGCUCCCAAGGCUUCGACACAUGUGCAAAAUUCAAGCGUGGAUACAUGAAGCUUUACGUUGCAAACCAGGAAAGCAACAGGCGGAAUUCACAAGUCGAUGUGCUGUAUUGGAGGCAAGAUGUCACGACCAACGAGAUCACAUAUGCGUGCUCUCCCGGGAUAUCAGAGCCAUUGGUAGUAGGAGGAGGAGGAGGCAGACGCCCCGCUGUUGCGUCGCUAUCACUACAUGCCACCGAAGGUCGAUCGCUUUACGACCACUACUACGCUCAACGAAGGCAGGACCCGCGUACGAUAGACAGCCUUGCGACUCUUGCAUCUGCAGCAGAAAUCCGGUUGCAAAACUUGGUCGCCGGUGAGAAUCCUGAUCCGGGUGAGAUUGAAGUCACGCUUAUGCAGCUUGAAGAAUACCGCGCACUGCUCCGUGGGGAGUAG